GUUGGCCCACUUAGGCAGGUGUUGAAUCCUCAAAGAUAACAUAUUCCACAACCAUACUACCUUUCGUUAGGGUUGUGGUCCGAACCUGGAUUUGUUUUCUGGCCUCUAAAGAACUCAUCUGGCUGGAGCCUGGAUCUCAGCUGCGGGCUAACCCGACCCUGUGGCCCUGUGUUGGUGGCAGGUCCCGGUUUAUAGGCCUCCCUCCUCUUGGGGAAAGGCGCAGGCGCCACAUGCUUUAUCAGUAACUUCCUAGCUACCAGCCCCAGCUUGGCGCAGAGCGCCCUGCCGGGUAGGUGGGAGGGCCAAAGUGAGCGAUUUAAAUCCCAGAUCAGGCAGGGGCUCUUAGGAGCUGCCCCUUUGUCCCUUCCGGAAUGGUGCGCAGGGCUGAGCCCCCCGACGGGGGCUGGGGAUGGAUGGUGGUGCUCUCAGCGUUCUUCCAGUCGGCGCUCGUGUUUGGGGUGCUUCGUUCCUUCGGUGUCUUCUUCGUGGAAUUUGUGGCGGCGUUUGAGGAGCAGGCAGCCAGAGUCUCCUGGAUCGCUUCCAUAGGGAUCGCGGUGCAGCAGUUUGGGAGCCCAAUAGGCAGUGCCCUGAGCACGAAGCUGGGGCCCAGGCCCGUGGUGAUGACUGGGGGCGUCUUGGCUGCGCUGGGGAUGCUGCUUGCGUCAUUGGCUACCUCCUUGACCCACCUAUACCUGAGUAUUGGGCUGCUGUCAGGCUCUGGCUGGGCCCUGACCUUCACUCCGACCCUGGCCUGCCUUUCCCGUUACUUCUCUCAGCGUCGAUCUCUGGCCAUGGGGCUGGCCCUGACUGGAGUGGGCAUCUCCUCUUUUGCGUUUGCCCCCCUCUUCCAGUGGCUGAUCAACAACUAUGCUUGGAGGGGAGCCCUCUUGCUCGUGUCUGCCCUCUCCCUACAUCUGAUGGCCUGUGGUGCUCUCCUCCGCCCACUCGCCCUGACUGAAGACACUGCUGUGGGUGGCCCUGGGGCCCAGAUCACCUCCCUCCUCCAUCACGGUCCCUUCCUCCGAUACACUGUUGCCCUCACCCUGAUCAACACUGGCUACUUCAUUCCCUACGUCCAUCUGGUGGCUCACCUGCAGGACCUGGGUUGGGACCCACUGCCUGCUGCCUUCCUCCUUUCAGUGGCUGCUGUUUCUGACCUCGUGGGGCGUGUGGCAUCUGGUUGGCUGGGAGAUGCCGUCCCAGGGCCCGUGGCAAGACUCCUGAUGCUCUGGACCACCCUGACUGGGGUGUCGCUCGCUCUGUUCCCUACCGCUCAGGCUUCCACAACCCUGGUGGUUCUGGCUGUGGCCUAUGGCUUCACGUCAGGAGCCUUGACCCCAGUGGCCUUCUCCGUGCUUCCUGAACUGGUGGGGACUGGAAGGAUUUACUGUGGUCUGGGACUGGUGCAGAUGAUAGAGAGUAUCGGGGGGCUGCUGGGGGCUCCUCUAUCAGGCUACCUCCGGGAUGUGACAGGCAGCUACACAGCUUCGUUUGUAGUGGCUGGGGCCUUCUUACUCGCAGGAAGUGGAGUUCUUAUCACCCUGCCCCAUUUCUUCUCCUGCCUCUCAGUUUCUACCUCCAGACCCCAGGACCUUGUGAUAGAGGCACCGGAUACCAAAAUUCCCCUGCCUAAGGAGGAGGGACCAGGAGAGGACUAAUCUCCACUGAGAGCAGUGCUCAUGGAAACCAGAGUGUGGCAGUGCCAGGUCUUUGGCCUCAUCAAGGCAUCCACAGAAGCACCGUGCCUUAGGAUUCUUGAUCCGUCUCCUCCAGAGCAGGCCCAGGGCUGUAUUAUGUUGAAGACUCACCUAUCACCUUUGCUGUCCCGAGCUUUUUUGAAGGCUCCAGGAGAUCUCACUCCACUGAAUUCUGAAUCAAAUCUGAAAGUCAAAGGCCAAGAGUCUUCUCAUGUUUUUAUAUGUGAUAACUGGUGUUCCUUGAAUAUAAAACAAAUAAGGAAACUGGACAAUAAUUGUAACCUUAAAAAGAGCUGGGGACCAGGUACUUGGGGCAGCUACUAGGGCCAUGGCAGGUAAAGGAAUGGAAAUGUCCUUGCACUCUGGUGGCCCAGAGUUCUCCCCUCCCGUCCGCUUAUCUCCCUCUUCUCCACUAUUCCUGUGACACAGGGGGAAACUUUAAGAGAAAGGCAUAUGUAUGAAAGAAGAUGGCUUGGGAGCAGCAACUGGAACUGAAAGAGCUAAUGUGUGACCUGAGAGCCUUGUACUUUUGAGACAGAGCCUCGGCGUGUAGCCCAGGCGGCUCUUGAACUUGAGAACUGGCCUCUUCCCAAGCACACAGGUGCACACAACCAUACCCAGGUGGAUUUUUAUUCCUCCUAGGCUAACAAAGGCGGAUCAAAGUGCAAGAAAAAAAGGAGGUUUGGGAGCUAGCAAGAAAGAAAGCUCAGCAGUUAAGAGCACUUCCUGCUCUCCCAGUAUGCCUGAGCACCCCACUAAGUGGUUCACAACCGCCUCUAAUCCAGAGGAUCCAAUAUCCUCUUCUGGUAUGCAUGGGCACCCCCCAACACAGGGUAUACAGCCACACGAACACACACAUGUAAGGACUAAAAAUCGUUUUAAAGGUAGGUUUGAAGAGAGUGCAGCAUCUAAGAGCACUUGCUGCUCUUCCUGCUGACCUGUUGAGCUCCAGGUGCCCACACCCAGCAGUUCACCCUGCCCUUAAGUCCAGCUCCAAGACAUUUGUCCCCCGCAAACACACAUAAAUAAAAGUAAUUUUUAGAAGUUAAA